AUGAUUGACGAAGCUCGUCAGUCCGAGGCCUCAUCCAGCGGGCCAAUGGCGGCACAGGAGCCUCAACACAACCAUGCCGUGGCCUCAAAUCCCACGCUAUCGUCAACCGCGUCCAGUGUAACGGAACUGUCGGCCGAGGAACGGUGGGGGGAGAAGGAGAACGGAGACACCGUAUCUCGCAGAGGUGCAAUGGAGGAGUUUGAGGAGAUGAGGAGAGAAGUGACCCGGCUCAGUCUUCACCAAACUCGAUCCACUGCCAGGGCACGUCGAGCAAGCCAACCCCGGGAUGAAGAGAAAGCGUUUGAGGAGGUGGGAUCCGCUGCGGACGAAGACUACCAAGGGGGAUUUGAUCUCAGCGAGUUCUUAAUGGGCGGGCAUCUCGAACGACGCACAACAGCCGGUGAACCAGCGAAGAAAGUGGGCGUCGUGUUCAAAAAUGUGACCGUGAAAGGCGUGGAGACGGGGGCUUCCUUCGUUCGGACCCUACCUGACGCCGUCGUAGGCACUUUCGGGCCUGACCUGUAUAAGCUUCUCUGCCGGUUCAUUCCGCAGCUUCACUUUGGCAAGCCACCUCCGGUGAGAGAUCUGCUUCAUGAUUUCAGUGGCGCCGUCCGCGAGGGAGAGAUGAUGCUAGUGCUGGGCAGGCCGGGAGCGGGCUGUUCAACCUUUCUGAAGGCCAUCGCAAAUGACAGGGCCGCAUUUGCAGGGGUGGAGGGUGACAUCAACUAUGGUGGCCUCUCCGCCGAAGAGCAGCAUAAGCAUUUCCGCGGUGAGGUCAACUAUAACCAGGAAGAUGACCAGCACUUCCCAAACCUCACCGUCUGGCAAACACUGAAAUUCUCCUUGAUCAACAAAACCAAGAAACAUGACAAGGCCAGUAUCCCGAUCAUCAUCGAUGCUCUGUUGAGAAUGUUUGGUAUCACUCAUACGAAGAAUACUCUGGUUGGCAAUGAGUACGUCCGUGGUGUGUCUGGUGGAGAGAGAAAGCGUGUCAGUAUUGCCGAGACGCUUGUCACCAAAUCCUCAGUGGUCUGUUGGGACAACUCUACCAGAGGGCUGGAUGCCAGCACUGCCUUAGAUUACGCCAAGUCUCUUCGCAUCAUGACCGAUGUCAGCAAACGGACUACGCUGGUUACGCUCUACCAAGCAGGGGAGAGUAUCUACGAGUUGAUGGACAAAGUCAUGGUCAUCGACUCGGGCCGGAUGCUCUAUCAAGGACCUGCUAAUGAGGCCAAGCAGUACUUCUUGGACCUUGGCUUCUAUUUUCCCGAACAGUCUACCACCGCCGAUUUCCUGACCUCACUCUGUGACCCGAACGCUCGCCAGUUCCAGCCCGGUCGCGAAGCUUCAACGCCAAAGACCCCGGAAGAACUUGAGAGCGUCUUCAAACAAAGCAAUGCAUACAAGCGAAUCUGGAAUGAUGUUUGCAACUACGAAAAGCUGCUUCAGGAUACCAACCAGGAAGACACCCGUCAGUUCCAGAAAACAGUGGCUCAAUCUAAGAGUAAAACUGUUUCGAAGAAAUCCAGUUACACCGUUUCUAUCGUCCGGCAGGUCGCAGCCUGCGUGCGGCGCGAGUUUUGGUUGCUAUGGGGUGACAAGACUUCUCUUUACACCAAGUAUUUCAUUAUCAUCUCCAACGCCCUGAUCGUCUCUUCUCUCUUCUACGGUGAAUCGUUGGAUACAAGUGGCGCCUUCUCGCGUGGAGGCGCAUUGUUCUUCUCGAUUCUCUUCCUGGGAUGGUUGCAACUGACAGAGUUGAUGCCUGCUGUUACCGGACGUGCAAUCGUUGCGCGUCACAAGGACUAUGCCUUCUACCGACCAUCUGCGGUGGCGUUAGCUCGAGUGGUGGUAGAUUUCCCGGCCAUCUUUUGCAUGGUUGUCCCUUUCACCAUCAUCGUCUAUUUCAUGUGUGGUCUCGAUGUCACUGCUUCCAAGUUUUUCAUCUAUUUCUUGUUUGUCUACACGACGACGUUCUGCAUUACAUCGCUAUAUCGUAUGUUUGCGGCGCUUUCCCCAACCAUUGACGAUGCGGUUCGAUUCAGUGGUAUCGCACUGAAUGUGUUGGUCUUGUUCGUCGGUUACGUUAUCCCGAAGCAAGGCCUCAUCGACGGCUCGAUUUGGUUCGGGUGGCUUUUCUAUGUAAAUCCAAUCGCGUAUAGCUACGAAGCAGUCCUGGCUAAUGAAUUUUCUGAUCGCAACAUGGAAUGUUCACCCUCCCAACUGGUUCCCCAGGGUCCAGGGGUGGAUCCAAGAUACCAGGGUUGUGCACUCACAGGAUCUCGCCUUGGGGAGACAUCUGUGAGCGGAAAUCAAUAUUUGGAUACGACAUUCCAGUUCACCCGGCAUCACCUGUGGCGCAACUUCGGUGUGGUCAUUGCUUUCACUGUCCUUUACUUAUUGGUCACCGUUCUGGCCGCCGAAUUCUUGUCCUUCGUCGGUGGAGGCGGCGGUGCGUUGGUCUUCAAGCGCUCUAUCCGCGCCAGGAAGCUGAAGACGCAGAAUCAUAAAACAAGUGACGAAGAGGGAGUUCGGAAUGUGACCGAUGCCGCUGCCUUGUCGCGUGGAGAGGCGAAAUCUUCCGGCGAUUCCGAGACCUUUAAUCGUCUCUCAUCUAGCGAUCGAAUCUUCACUUGGUCAAAUGUUGAAUAUACAGUGCCGUAUGGCAGUGGGACUAGGAAGCUGCUUAAUGGGGUCAAUGGGUACGCAAAGCCAGGACUCAUGAUUGCUUUAAUGGGGGCAUCUGGAGCAGGCAAGACGACGCUUCUCAACACCUUGGCUCAGCGUCAGAAGAUGGGAGUGGUUAGCGGUGACAUGCAUGUUGAUGGCCAUCCUCUUGGAGCUGAUUUCCAAAGAGGCACUGGGUUUUGCGAACAGAUGGAUCUUCAUGACAAUACAGCCACCAUCCGGGAAGCCCUUGAAUUUUCGGCACUUCUCCGUCAGGACAGGAACACCCCUCGGCAGGAGAAGCUCGAUUAUGUGGAUCAAAUUGUUGACCUGUUGGAACUUGAAGAUAUCCAAGAUGCCAUCAUUGGCUCUCUGAAUGUCGAACAGAAGAAGAGAGUCACUAUUGGUGUUGAACUGGCGGCGAAGCCCAGUCUUCUCCUAUUCUUGGACGAACCGACCAGUGGCCUCGACAGCCAAGCGGCCUUCUCUAUUGUGAGGUUCCUGAAGAAACUCUCUCAAGCAGGACAGGCUAUCUUGUGCACGAUUCACCAGCCAUCUUCUAUGCUGAUCCAGCAGUUCGAUAUGAUUCUUGCUCUGAACCCCGGUGGAAACACGUUUUACUUCGGACCUGUCGGUCCGGAGGGUCGCGACGUGAUAAAUUACUUCGCAGAGCGUGGAGUCGUUUGCCCUCCGUCGAAGAAUGUUGCGGAAUUCAUCCUAGAAACGGCAGCAAAGACGACCAAGAGGAAUGGAAAGGAACUGGAUUGGAACGAGGAGUGGAGGAACUCUGAACAGCAUCUCCGGGUAUUGGACGAAAUCCGGCACAUUAGGGACGAGCGCAGUAAAAUUCCAGUUGCCGAAAAGGGCGUUCAAUAUGAAUUCGCUGCAUCGACUUGGACGCAAACUGUUCUCCUCACCAAGAGAGUUUUCAAGCAGUACUGGAGAGAUCCCUCCUACUACUAUGGAAAACUAUUCGUUAGCGUCAUAAUUGGUAUCUUUAACGGAUUUACCUUCUGGAUGCUGGAUAACUCCAUCGCCAGCAUGCAAAAUCGCAUGUUCUCGAUCUUCUUAAUUAUCCUGAUCCCUCCCAUCAUCCUAAACAGCGUUGUGCCUAAAUUUUACAUUAACCGCGCCCUUUGGGAGGCUCGUGAAUACCCAAGCCGUAUAUACGGCUGGUUCGCUUUCUGUACGGCAAGCAUUGUUUGUGAAAUUCCAAUGGCAAUUCUCUCCGGUCUAAUCUACUGGCUCCUGUGGUACUAUCCAGUCGGCUUCCCCACUGAUUCAAGCACUGCUGGAUACGUUUUCCUCAUGACUAUACUUUUCUACCUCUUCCAGGCCAGUUGGGGACAAUGGAUUUGUGCUUUUGCACCUUCAUUCACGGUCCUUCCGUUCUUCUUUGUCAUGGUCAACUUGUUCAAUGGUAUCGUCCGUCCCUACAGAGACUACCCGGUCUUUUGGAAAUACUGGAUGUACUACGUCAACCCGGUCACCUGGUGGCUCCGUGGUGUGAUUUCCAGCGUGUUCCCAUCGGUUACAAUCGACUGCACCCCUCAGGAAACCACCCACUUUAAUCCACCACCUGGAUCUACCUGCGGGGAGUAUGCAGGCAACUUUGUUUCCAAUAUCGCAGGUGCUGGAAAGCUUCGUUACCCGAACGCCACCUCGGACUGCCAAUACUGCCCUUUCCUGGAUGGCAAAGAGUACAUGAAAACCCUCAACGUCAAUGACGGCGACAAAUGGCGGUGCUUCGGCAUUUUCCUGGCAUUUGUUAUUAUCAACUGGUUUCUGGUCUAUUUCUUCAUCUAUACCGUUCGUGUCCGGGGCUGGUCCUUUGGGAUGGGAUAUCUCUUUGGCGGUCUCGGCAUGAUGAUUGAUGGAGUGAAAAAACUUUUUUCGAAGAAGUCUGAGAAAUCCCAGAAUUAA